UUUGAUCAUUGUGAUCUAUUGUUCUAGGAAGAACGUCGAAGAACGGGAAGGUACUUGGCAGCAGGCUUGGUGAUAUUUCUAGUAAUCUUAGGGUUGUACCAUGCAGUACGAUUUGGUUCUACGAGGUUAUCAGCUCUUCUAGGAGCUGCCCUUAUAAUGUCCAUGUAUCUACUCUGGCUGUUGUAUGCCUCGCAUCGCAAGAAACAAGUUCUUAGGGCAAGGGAACUGGCCAUAGAGCAGCAGGUGCACGAAGUUUUAAUCCACAGAGCAAAAUCAAAGGAGAAGAUUGACAAGCCGAAAAGGAAAUUGAGGAAACAUCGACCAACCGUUUUAAGAUCGUAUUCUAUCGGAUGACCGAUCUAUAAUAUAUAUGGUCUUGGAAUAUUCUAAAUUUGGAUACGGUGUUUUCUAAUGUUUUCUAAUGAUCAGUGUAACUCCUAUACUAUCUCUUCAGUACCCAUAUGCUUUGUUAGCACUAAGUUUACAGGACAAAAGUUGAUCGAAUCUGAAAAUUGAGAAGAAAAUGGAACGCAAAAGUUUUUCAGUUCUGAACGUUCCGGAAAAGCAUCUGUAUCUCACUUUCCUUGUUAUAUGUAUAUUUGUGUGUGUGUACAUGUAAACAUUUCUAUAAAAUAUCAAUACAUUUUUAUAAUAAAAAUUAUCCAAGGAAUGAAAUUAAUGAGUCGAAAUAAACUACUUUGGUUGAGAAAUUUACGCCAAAGGACAGGCUAAACAGCAGACCGAUUAUUGCUACACGUGGCCCUAGACCUCGACCACUCUAAAGAUAUUGAUUGGAGUCACGAACCCAUUAAGGCGAGAAUACACAUGCCAGUAAAAUAGCAUGCCAGUGGCCAGUAACUUGUAUGCUAACUACUUGUCCUACGACAUCCCAAAAUACACAUGCUAGUUUUGGAUAUGCCAGUCUGUGGAAACUUUCCUUUAUCUUCUUUAACUCUUGGUGGUAGGUUGUUCUUAGGUUUUUUAUCUUAUUUUUCAUAAAUUUCAAUGUUAAACUGUUAUGUCAUUUGCUUCAAUAAAGACUUGUAAGCAUUGUCUCUAGCGAUUUUAUUUGUAUACAAUGGAGAUCAUGUAUUCCAUAAACACGGAUACUCCCUAUACUGCAUAACAAACAAUAAAGUCUUUUCGUCUCCCCAACGAGCCAUUUCGCCCCAAAAUAAACAAAUAGUUCUAUAGUUCAAGAAUCC